AUGGAAAACUCAUCUCAGUCAACUGGUGAAGAUGACGAACAAGAACAACAUCGUCAAAAACUUUUAUGGACUGUUAAACGAGAGGUUAAACAAAUGAUGGAGGAAGCAGUGAUGAAAAAAUGCAUUCAUGAAGAAAACUGUAGUGUAACAACACUUUGUGCUGCGGUGGAAGCGUGUUUACUUCAUGGUCUGAAACGACGAGCUGUUGGCUUAUUUAAAACGAGUACUACUAUGGCACUUUUACAAAAAAUUGCUAAAAGUUGUCCGUCAGCUGCCGAAGUUAAGCGCAUGGUUGAUGAUACUGAUCAGCCGAGUAGUUUAUUGACUUUCUCCAGGAAACUAUCAAGUAUUACCCAUCAAAUACCACAACUGCAAACAGUUAGUGUCGAUGACAGUCAUUAUCGUUCAACACGUUCAGCAGUCUAUAACCGAUACUUGUGGAUCCGAAUGGCAUUGACUCAUCGAUUACUGCAUAAAAUCGUUGAAUAUAUCGUUGAUAAUAGCUCAACAUACUAUGAACCAUAUGCUCUUGUUUGCAAUUCUGUUCAAGGACCUAUUCUAGCUUCCCUUUUAGUCGGACCUUGUGCACUUGAAUUUACUCGUGUGAAGACAGUCGAUCACCUAUGGUCUGACCCACAUGCCGAUGAACUCGUUCAACGCCAUCGUCUGCAUAAUAACAAUCGACCAACAGUUAAUUCAACGUCAAUGGCUAUGAAUAAGAAAAAUCCGAAUUCCGUUAAAUGUCGACCGAGUUUACAAAUGAAUUUAAAAAGUCACGCAAGCUCUUCCGGUGAAGAAACUCAGCGACAUAUUCAAUUGAUUUCAAUUAAUCCGGCCAGAGAAUAUGUUGAUUCAUUGCAUCAGAAUGCGAAAUCACAAUUGCUCUACGGAAAGAAUAAUAUUUUUGUUCAACCUGCUUCCGGCCACGAUCCCAUACCUGGCUACUUAUCAUUACACCAUAAUAAACAUGGUCUAACACUAAAAUGGACACCCAAUCAACUGAUGAAUGGCUAUAAUGAAAGUACAAAAACAACGAAAACUGAAUCCGAGGAAACGAACAAUGACACCAUUGAAUCUCCCAAGAAAUACAGUGUUUUUUGGGAUUAUGCAAUAACGAUAAACAUGUCAUCAAUUGUUUAUCUCCACUGUCAUCAGCAUGUUGAUGGCGAUCGAAUUGUAUUUGUUGGACGUGAUGGUGUUCAAUAUCCGCCAUUCCACAUCAAAGAUAAAGGUGGACACCUGUUAGCUUUUCUGACUUGUUUGGAAAGUGGUCUAACACCAAAUGGUUAUCUUGAUCCACCAUUAGGAUACGAGAAAGGACAAGGAAAAGUCUUACCCAAACUUCAACGUCGUAUCGAUCGUUCGAAUAUGGCAGUAUCGCUAAGUACAAGUGAUAACGAUGCGAAUAUGUGUUCUGAUACGCCUGAAGAAGAAGAAGAAGAAGAAGUAUCGUCACCAACAGCAGAUUAUGUUUUUCGAAUUGUCUUCCUCACUGAUCAUGAACCAAUGGGUAGUAAUCGAUUGCAGUGGUCAUCAGAAACAGGCGAUACAUCAUCGUUAUCUUCUCAGUCACCUUUAUCGCCAUCGACACAAAUGACACCACCACCAAUCUCGCCGAUCGAUGGUGUGUUUGUGACUUCGGCGAUGUAUAUCUCACCAGUAUUAGGCUUACAUCGAAGUGUUUCGGUUCGAUCAUCGAUGGCUUCCUUAUGUGAUACGAUGCGACGUCAAAUUCUAUCCCGUGCAUUCUACGGAUGGCUUGCAUAUUGUCGUCAUUUGAAAACAGUUCGCAUUCAUCUAACAUCGCUUGUCAAUCCCGUUCCUCGAAUCGAAGAUGCUGAACAACUAAAUCCUGAACUUUGUUUAACAUUUGAUUCUUGGUCAGAGUUAUUUCUCACGAGACAAGAAGAACAUUUGCAUAUUGAUCGAAAGGAAAUCUAUCGAAGAAUUUAUUCCGGUGGUUGUGAACCAUCAAUACGAAAACAGGUUUGGCCAUAUCUAUUUUCACAUUAUUCACUGGAAUCAACGAUUGACGAACGAAACGAUAUUGAUCGUACAACAAUUGAUCGAUAUAAUUCCUUGACACACGAAUGGCAAAAUGCUGAACACAUCGUAAUGCAGAUCGAUUUUCAACAUUCACUCCAUCGAAAGAAUUCCAAAAGCAAAUCUAAUGAUACAAAUGAAAAUGCCAAUCCAAGCUCUACUGAAACAACGCUAGCAUCAAUCAAAAAUGUUCUAGCUAGUAUACCAGAGAAAAUUUCAUUACCAAAUUUUAGUAGUUCCGAACGAAAAGAUUCCAAUGCAUCGAAUGAUGUUUUCUUUGACGAGUCUUCCGUACAUACAGUAGCGAUACCAAUUUUGGAAGAAGAUAAUUCAUAUGCUGCUCCGUCGAAUGACCAACGUUUAACAUCGACAUCGUCAAAUUCGGGAGUUUUAAUCGCCCGAACACGUACUGAAUCUGUUAUUGACCGUUCAUCACCCUAUAAUAUUAUUGAAACAAGUACAGACGAGAACGAUGAAAUUGACAGUGACAAUCCGAAUGAGAAUGUAAAUGAAGAUUUGGACGCCGAUCUUGAUGAUAAUGACGAUGUUUUAACGCAAUCAACUGAAAAAGAUCAAGAUGACAUGAUGAAUAAGGAAAAAGAGAGCACUCUUUCGCCGUCGUCGAGUUUAACCUCCGGCACGGAUGUUUAUAUGGAUGCAGUGGAAAUCUUUCACGAAGAUAACCAAGAAGAUUUAUCUGACGGCACAAUAACACCGAUUUGCUAUGGAUCGUUUAGUAAAGAUAUAAUCGAUGCAUUUGCAGUGAAUUUACAUCGAAUUGAUAAAGACGUAGCGAGAUGUGAUCGAGCCUAUCCAUACUUCACAAAUAUCAAUAAUUUGAAAAAACUACGAAACGUCAUGUGCACAUAUGUAUGGGAUAACUUGGCAACCGGUUAUAUUCAAGGAAUGUGCGAUCUCGUUGCGCCAUUAUUAGUCAUAUUCGACGAAGAGGUCAUGACUUACAGUUGUUUUUGUUACUUAAUGAAACGUCUCUUACCAAAUUUUCCUCACGGAGCUGGUAUGGACGAACAUUUCGGUCACAUGCGUUCAUUACUACAAAUUCUCGAUUACGAACUCUACGAACACAUUCAUCGCACAGGAGAUUUCACACACUUCUAUUUUUGCUACCGGUGGUUCUUAUUAGACUUCAAACGAGAAUUUGUUUAUGACGAUGUCUUUCUGGUAUGGGAAACGAUUGGUGCCGCACGUCGUACGGUUUCAAAGCGAUUCGUUCUAUUCAUCGCUUUGGCAAUGUUGAAGAUCUAUCGAGACAUUAUUCUGGACAAUCGGAUGGACUUUACCGAUAUAAUCAGAUUUUUCAAUGAAAUGGCCGAACGACACGAUGCGCGUGAAGUGCUUCGCAUUGCGAGACAGUUAGUACUUGAAUUGCAAAAUCUUAUUGAUAAUAAAUGA